AGCAAAUGGGGAUGGGGCCUUCGUCGACGUGCCGUCAUCACUUGAACGUCAUCACGUGAUGACGUGAUGUCCAACCAUUUCGCCACAAAAUGAGUAGCGCCGGUGGCGGGGAUGUAUCACGGUGGUUUGAGUCACACACACUCACAUCACAUCAUCAUGAGCAAAAGCGGUGAAGGCAAUGUGUCUUGGAACAAGGACGUGAAGGAGGGCCGGUACGAGCGAAAGGACUCGCUGUUCCGGCGAUGGAUCGAGGCAGACCCCGAUGCGGAGUUCCCGGCCGAGGCUGGGCGGUAUGUGAUCUAUGCUGCGAUGGCGUGCCCGUGGGCAUGCCGGACGCUGGCCAUGCGCGAGCUCAAGGGCCUGACCGAGGUCAUUGAGGUUAACAUUGUCGACGUCGUCCUCCCGGACACGGGCUGGACGCUUGAGGCCAAGGAUGAGGGCGCAACGGGAGACACCAUCAAUGGCCGGAAGCAGGUCUCUGAGAUCUACUACGCCGCCGAUCCCGAGUACGAUGGCCGGUUCACGGUUCCCAUCCUGUACGACAAGGUCAACGACACCAUUGUCAACAACGAGUCGUCAGAAAUCAUUGUCAUGCUCAACUCGGCGUUCAACGCGUUGUCGGCCACGCCCGAGGCCGCGGCGCUCGAUCUGUAUCCAGCUGAGCUGCGCGACGAGAUCGACGAGGUCAACGAGCGGGUGUACCACUCGCUCAACAACGGCGUGUACAAGUGCGGCUUUGCCAAGACUCAGGAGGCGUAUGAGGAGGCUUUCCACGCCCUCAACGACACGCUCGAGUGGAUGGAGGACCGCCUCGCCUCAUCGCGCUACCUUGUCGGCUCGCGGUUCACUCUUGCCGACAUCCGCGCCUUUGUCACCCUCAUCCGCUACGAUCCGGUCUACGUCACGCACUUUAAGACCAACAAGCACCGCAUUCGCGAGCUGCCCAACCUCUGGGCCUACACCCGCGAGAUCUACCAGAUGGCCGACGGAAAGAUCGCCUCCACCGUCAACUUUGACCACAUCAUCCGCCACUACUAUUGCUCCCACAACUCAGUCAACCCGACAGGCAUCUACGCUCUCGGCCCCGACCCCGCAGACCUGCUCAAGCCGCACAACCGCGACUCGCUGCCGGCCGAUCCUCUCCCCAUUGUCCAUGACCCGUAGGCUCGACAACCGCCCGUCACUGCACCCGUCGUCGCGCCCGAGUUGCCCACAUCUGCCAGGUGGCAUUCAAGUUGACACAGACAACACUCUACCCCCCUCCCAUGACGUAAACAAUGCUGAUCCACGA